CACCGGACGCGGGCACUUUGAGUCGCCGUGUGCGUGGUUCGCUCUCCGGCCUGGGAAACACGGCCCGCUGCAAGCGUGUCGCUGGCCCCCACGGGCCGACCGCCCGCUCCACGGGCCUCGUUAUAAAAAGCGGCUUUCCAACUCUGCCCGGCUACAAUCCGCUGCUGAGCUCUCCAGACAGCUGACACCACCGCCGACAUGAGCCGCCUGCUGCCCUACGCUGUCUUGUUGGCCCUCCUGGGUCUCACCCUGGCUGCCCCAGCUGAAGAAGUGGCGCCAGCAGCUGAGGCUCCCGCUGAGGAGGCCAAGCCCGCUCCGGAAGGCGACAAGGCGGUUGAGGGACGCACAGGCUUCUACCCGGGCUACGGCGUGGGAGCCUACGGUUCUGGCUUCAACCGCGGUGGAAGCUUUGGCCUCGGAGGCUACGGAAACGCUUACGGAAACGGUGGCUUUGGCUACAACUACGGAGGCACCAACCGCCGCGACUACGGCAAUGUGCAGACCUACGGAGAUCGCGAGACCUUCGGCCUUGCCCAGAACGCCGGCGCCAACCGCCGCUACGGACAGGGCAGCUCCGGAAACGCUUACAACAACCAAGCUUACGGCGCAGGCGGCAACCGCUACGGCGUGGGGUACCAGGGCGGCUACCUUGGCUAGUAACCCAAAGAAUUUACACGAACGCUUUCUGCUUUCAUCACUUCACUCUCGCCUGUCUAUGCAUCGCCUAAUAUGCAACGGAAUCGCCUUGAUCGGCAAAGAAGGAAAUAGGAACCAUUCAGCUUGGUAGAUCAUAGAACAGCACGUAUAAUAGUAUACAUCUCAAUUGAAAAAAAAGCAUCGAUGGGCAUUAGAAGGCAUCUUCCGAGGCCUUCAGUAAGAACACUCUUUCUUGUCCCAAUGAACAGAGAUGUCAUGAAUCAAUUGAAUAAAAAAAGACUAUUUAUUUUCCACAA